AUGAACAAUGAGACCACAGCCCUGAUAUCCUUGAAGGAGGCAAUGAAAAGAGUAGACCACAAACUCCAAGCUUUAGAAGCACAGUUUAAAGAACUGGACUGCACCAAGGAUAGUCUGACCCAGAGAUUUGAAGAGCAUAGCAAGGCUCUGGCAAGCCAGGCAGCCCAAGAUGAGCUGUGGAGAGCAGUUCUGGCAACAAAAUUCACUUCAAUGGAACUGAAUAUUUUAUACAGCUACAUUAUCGAAGUACUCAUCUGCUUGCACACUUGUGUGCUUGAGAAGCUGCCAGACCUGGUGCAAGGUCUUCCCACCUUAGCCUCUGUCCUGAGACGAAAAGUCAAGAACCAGCGCAUUAGAGUCGUGUGGGAGUCUGUCCUGGAGGAGCGUGGGCUGCAAGAAGGAGAUAUCACAGCACUUUGUACCUUCUUUAUUGCCCAUGGUAACAAGGCAGAAUACUAUGGUACUAAAGUGAGGCAGAUGUAUACCAGGGAUGUCGCUUGCCUGAUCACCAACAUGGUAAAGAACCAGGCUCUGCAGGAUAGUUUGCUGAGGGCUGUUCAGGUCAUUGAGAAGGGGAAAGCAGUGAAGGCCCCCGAAGAGAAAAAGUCAUCCCUAAAAGAGUUGAUACCAUCAGUCAGAAACUAA